AUAGGUUUAAUUCCAUUGACAUCAUUUAACAUGAGCCUAGGGAAUUCCUGUUCCUGAAAAUCUCCAAAAUUUAUCCAGGACAUCACCUUGACAACUGCUCUGGACUUCAUCCAGCACCUUCUGUAUUCUUUAUAAUGCUUUACUGGAUAAGGAGUGUUCAAUUGAUGUUGCUAGUAGAUGGUAUAAAUGAAGAUAGUCGCUUUAUUCUUGAACACAAAUAGGCCUGUUCACAUCGAUGUUUUGGUCCAUGUUGGAGAACAUGCUUGUGCUUAAUGCAAAAAGGACUUGUUCUUUGUCAGUAGAGCCCAAUCAGGAUCUUCUGGCAGCAUAGCACUUUAAAAUAAAAAUUGGGGUGGCUUCUAAUGAUUUUUGACCAAUCCAAGCCAGUCUCAGCCUGAUCGCUGUCCUCUGAGUCAAAGAGUGGGGCUAAUGAUGGAUCUGGCCAAUGAGACCACAGUCCAUGAAUUCGUUUUACUGGGUUUGGAGAGUGGGCAGCAAUGGCGAUUCUACCUACUUAUCCUUUUUAGUUUUACUUACAUAAUAACUUUGAUUGAAAACACCACUAUUAUCACUCUGGUACAUGUAGAUGACCACUUAUCUCAGCUGCCCAUGUACAUCCUCUUGGGAAAUUUCUCCUGGUUGGAAAUGUGCUACGUGACCACCACCAUGCCCCGUAUGAUCUUUGAUCUGGCUUCUCCUCAAGGGAUCAUCUCCUUCCAAGACUGUUUCCUUCAGUUCUACGUUUUCUUCUCAUUUGGCAGCACUGAAUGCUUCUUCCUUUCAGCCAUGGCCUUGGAUCGCUAUUUAGCCAUUUGCCACCCAUUCCGCUACCCAACAAUUAUGUCUACAAGAAACUGUUCCAAACUUAUAGCUGGUUGCUGGAUUGCUGGGUUCUUGAGCUAUGCUGUCCCAGUGACUUUGAUUUCCAGACUCUCCUUCUGUGGCUCCAAUCUCAUUGACAACUUUGUGUGUGAUCAAGGCCUCCUAUCCCUGGCUUGCCCGCCUUUUAAAAAUGUUUCUUUUAUCAGCCAGAUUUCCAUGAAUUUUUUUAUUAUAUUGGGCAACUUUGUCUUUGUCACUAUUUCCUAUGGCAUUAUAAUUGUCACAGUGAUUAAAUCCUCUAACCAACACAGCAGGAAGAAAGCCUUCUCCACUAUAUCCUUCCAUCUGGUGGUGGUGAUCCUUUUCUACUGUUCUGUGGCAGGAAUGUAUGUCGCUCCAGGUGGGGAUGGUCAGUCACAUCUCACUAAAAUAGUCACUGUCUUCUACACUGCUGUUACACCCUUUCUCAACCCCAUGAUCUACUGCCUGAGGAACGAUCAGGUGAAGGAGGCUUUGGGCAGGUUUCUGAGAAGGAUGCAGCAAAGGCUGAGAGAGAAAAAAUGAUGUAUAUAAAAUGGUUGAGAAUGAGAAAACGAAUCAGCAAAUUGUAUAAUAUUUAUGGUGGACUUCCCCCCCGCCCUUAUUUGUGUUUUUAAAUAGCUUAAAAGCUGAAUAAUUAAAUAGAUUGGAUUCAAUUCCGUUAGAUUAGAAUGGAAUGAACUGGAUUGGAUUGGAGUGGAUGAAAAAAUAUAAAGAAAAAAAAUUCUCUCACUUGUUUUACACCUGUUAACCUCAUGGUCAAAAUAAAUCACGAAUGCUUUUGGCAAAUACAUAACAGAAUAAAGAAGACCACUUUUGCUUCUUGAAAUAUUAAGUAUAUAAUUUCAUUUUUAACUGUUCCUCCCAUUUCAGCACUGUUCCGGCUGGUCUGAUCAUUGAAACCACCUAGUGAAAUAAAAAC